AUGGAACCAGAACUCUCACCAGCACUCCCUGAACCGGGAAGUAAUGUGACUUUUGAGAAGACCACUCAUGAGCUAGAAGACGAGCCUGGCUCACCGCAUCCGAAUAAGAAACGUCGUACGGACUCCGGCUUUGGCGACUCACCUGAUGUCAAAGAGGAAACGGAUAUCGUCCCGGAAGACCCAAUCGAACAAACGCUUGUCGCUGCCCUUGUUUCCCCUCCUGUUGAAGCCGUAUCAGAGCCGAUAGAAGAUCAACCUGUCGAGAGCAAUACCGAGAAUAAUGCUGAGAAGAGUAGUUCAGAAUCGGCCGAAGCGCCUGAUCCUGAGGUGGCUGCCGUCUACGGAAGUAUAAUUGAUCGCGCCGAACGCUUGGAGGAGCAAUAUGCACUAGAUCAAUUGCCCGCAGAGAGUAGCGAGCAGUCGUCGAAUAAAAGUGUGACAUUCGUCAAGGCUAGUUUGUCGUUGAAGAUACAGAGUCUGCCUAUCCUCGACAAUCUCUCUACACAAAUACUUUCCCUCUUGGCCAAGUCCUCAUAUCAAGACAUCACGUCAUUUGUCUCCGAGCCCGAUUCAGAAAAUGGUCAGGCAUAUGCCACUAUGCGGUCGUUAUUCGAUCAUACAAAAAGAGUCUAUACUACAAAACAUGCCUUCCUGUCGCCAACCGACUUGGACUUGACCGAGCCUACCCAAGUCGAUAUCAUACGCAAAGCUAACCUUGCUUCGUAUGUCUCGAGCAUAUUCGGAUCACAAGAAAUAAGUUUCGCCGAACUUAACGACCACUUUAUUGACGUUUUCGUACCCGAAGGAAGAGGCUUGCUCAAGGUUCAAGGUGCACUUUUCUUGGAGCUCAAGACACAAGCAUUUAUUGCAUCACUGAACAAUGAAGAGCGCACCAGAACGGAAAUUCUUUUUGAGUUGUUCCCGGAUGAUUUGGAGCAACGUCUUCUCUCAAAGCGAUUGGGCACACGUCAGCUUGCGCCGAGUGAGGCAGACUUUGUUAAGCGAGCACGAUCCAGACGAGAUAUCAUUUUUGCAGACAUCAAUAACGAAGAGGCAAUGAAAGCAUUGCCGGAUAAGUAUCAUUGGGAAGACUUUCUGAGGGAUCUUAGCUCCUACAUAAGCAAGAACUUUGAGGCUAUCAAUAGCCAGCAGUCUCGCAAACUUGUCAAAGGCCGUCAGUCAAUUUCUGGAGAGAGUCAGGAUGCUCCAAGCAGUGCACCUCUAGAAAGUCAAUUCACCGUCGCUACCCAGCCUGCAGAGGUUACUGCGGAUCGUAACCUGCAUGGUGACCUUGUCGCACGAGCUGCACGAGCUGCACAGAUUGCUUUGCAAGGCCAUGGCCUGAGGAAAUCCCAGCAACAAUCGCAAAAUCAGCAACAGCAGUCGCAGCCACAAACACAGCAGCCCCAACCCCAACAAGCCCAAACGCCACAACAGGCGUCGCAAUCCGCUCAAAGCACACCGGCCCCUCAGUCUAUUCCCCAAAGUACCCAGCAAAAUGCCAACCAAGGUUACCAGCAUAGCCCUACCCCACCGGGGUAUCAGCAGUUGACAUUUCAGCAUAACACAAUCCCAGCACAGAGCUUCCAACAAUAUACACCUCCGCAAAACGGAUCCAGCAACAUGCGAGCGAACGACGCGGUAGCCAAUUAUGGUUAUAUGCCAGGUGUUCCUCACUACUCGCAAUCCCAACCCACUCAGGUGCUUUAUGAGCGAGCGCGGAUGGCGGCAACAGCCAAGUCGUCAUCCAACAGUCGCCGAGCUGGACUUCCCAGUCAACGUCGUCCCUGGACUACCGAAGAGGAGAAUGCUUUGAUGGCUGGAUUGGAUCGUGUCAAGGGCCCACACUGGAGCCAGAUUCUGGCAAUGUUUGGCCCGGGUGGCACGAUCAACGAAGCACUAAAGGAUCGAAACCAAGUACAGCUCAAAGACAAAGCUCGAAAUUUAAAACUGUUCUUCCUGAAGAGUGGCAUCGAAGUGCCAUAUUAUUUGAAGUUUGUGACUGGUGAACUCAAGACUCGAGCACCCGCACAAGCUGCAAAGAAUGAGGCACGCGAACGCGAAAAGAAGCGUGGUGAAGAGGACAAAGCUCAUGUAGAGGGUAUUGAAGGCAUGAUGGCUCUUGCUGGUGCCCACAUGUCACCUGGUCAAGGUCCAGAUAGCAUGUCGGCGUCUCCAGCGAUUUUCGCAGAAGCCGAGCACCAAGAUUCUCAGAAUGAGUCUAUGGUUGAUCAAACAGAAGAGCAGAAAUUGAUUCAGAGUCUGGGUCAAGAAGUUCCCGAGGGGCUGCUUCAGGUCGCUCAACACAAUGCUCAACACGACGUCCAGCACAACCCGCAGCAUAGUGCCCAGCACGAUCCUCAGCACAUUGAAGCCAUGGAUACUACACCAGCAGAUAUGCAUACUCCUGCUCAGUAG